ACCUUUGUUAAAACGCAGAGAAGCUAGGCAAAAGGUAAGCAGAUACUCUGUGACUCUGAUUCUCAUGGCUUCGGGAGGCAACGCAGCUAUUGGUACAGGGAACGUGGAGUGGCAUGUGAGGCCUCCAAACCCUAAAAACCCAAUUGUUUUCUUCGAUAUUACCAUCGGCACCAUCCCUGCUGGUCGCAUCAAGAUGGAACUCUUCGCUGAUAUUGCCCCCAAAACCGCCGAAAAUUUCAGGCAGUUUUGCACCGGCGAGUACAGAAAAGCAGGAUUGCCUGUAGGUUAUAAAGGGUGCCAGUUCCAUAGGGUGAUUAAGGAUUUCAUGAUUCAAGCCGGUGAUUUUCUCAAGGGUGAUGGUAGUGGAUGUGUUUCGAUAUAUGGACACAAGUUUGAGGAUGAAAAUUUUGUUGCCAAACAUACUGGUCCUGGUCUACUGUCAAUGGCAAAUAGUGGAGCAAACACAAAUGGCUGUCAGUUCUUUAUCACUUGUGCAAAAUGUGACUGGCUCGACAAUAAGCAUGUUGUGUUUGGGAGGGUGCUUGGGGAUGGUCUUCUGGUCGUCCGGAAGAUUGAGAAUGUGGCUACUGGACCCAACAACCGGCCUAAAUUGGCAUGUAUUAUUGCUGAAUGUGGGGAAAUGUAGAAGUAAAAUUGAAGAGCAGAGCUUUCCAAGAUUUAUUGCAAACACUUGUAUAAGCUCUGUUAGAUCAACAUCAUCUUUUGCUUACAUUGUUGAUCCUUUUAGUGGGGAAUAUUCAUUCUCAAAAUGUUGGCAGGACCAAAAUACCUUGCAUGUGAUGGCAAUGUGAAAGUUUACAUUGCUUUAUGAACAGUUUAUAAAGUAUUAAAAUGAUUUGCUUGCUUAAA